CCUACAGGGCUGGGGAUAACAGCAUGGAGUGUCCACAGUGCCGGCAUGUAUCCGGAGAGAAGUCACCCAGGUUCUGUAGCCAGUGUGGACAGAAACUGUCUCCUGCAGCCCCCGUGCAAGAUUCUGAGAACAACAACGCCUUCUUGGUGGCAUCAACCUCAGAAGAAAGGGCUGAGCCAGGGGAAGUGCUGAAAGAGGAAAGCGUCCCAGGCCCCAGCAAGGAACUAGACAACCCGGAGGAGUCCGAGUCUGAUGCCUCCUGGAGCAUCCAAAUGAGUAAAAAGGAGAAGAGGAGGAGGAAGAGGAGCCAGAGUACCACCCUUUCCUCACGGGCAGGUUCCUUGCCUUCCACUUCUGGCCUCUGGAGUCUGGAUGUGCCUUCAAGCCCUGGAUCCCAGGACUCAGCAUUGCCCCAGAAGCAAGCCCACCAAGGUGGUGUGGGUAGCCAGCCUGGCCAGUCACUGGACACAGUGACAGUGGCAGUGGAGGAGGAUGGCCCUGUGCAUGCUGAAGGCAGCAGCAUCACUCUGCAGGGUCACACCGUGAAGGGCACAGACAGCGACACAGGAGCUGGAGCUCAGAGGGACCCUGUUCCCAGUAGCCACACAGAAGUUAAGGACCGCAACACCUCUAAGCCUUCAGUGCACAAGGGCCUGCCCCAAGAUGGGGACUGUGGCCCGGCCAUUUCUGCCUGCAAAGGUCCCCUUAAGGAUACUGAUGCGUCCCCGAGGGCCCCAUUACCUGAAUCUAAGGGGGCGAAGUCUGAACACAAGGAAGAAGCGCCUGUAACUGCAGGGCUGGCUGCUUCAGAGCCAAUUGAUGCCAGAGCAAAGCAGGAUGGGAAAGAAACAAACAGCGCUCAGAAACAGACCCUGCCCCCUGUGAGGCCUGCUGCCCCUAAGCACCAACCCCAGGAAGCUGAGCUCAAGUUGUCUGACAUGGGGAGGAAAACGGAUGAAUCUGGGAACACCCAGCCAGACGGUCAGAAGAAGCCAGAGGAGAACAGAAACUGUGCAGCAGCUUUGAAAGACAAGAAGGAGCAGAGAAACCAGAAGGCUGCUGCACCAGAGGCUCCGUCGGGAAUACCUAACACAGGAGAUGGAGUCACCGUGUACUUCCACGCUAUUGUCUCCCGAGACUUUGCAUUCAACCCUGACAACCACAGAGCGUAUGUCAGAGGGGGAGAGGAACUCGGGAAGAAGGGCUGGAAUGAUGCUUGCGAGAUGUACUACACCAAAGACCUUGGUGACCUCGGGUCUCUCAUCGAGGGCAGCAUGGUCAUCCCCAGGCAGAGCCUGGACAAACCCAUUCCUUAUAAGUAUGCCAUAUACCGUGGUGGAUAUGGCAGUAACAAGGAUACCGCAGAGUACGAAUUCAUCUAUGAGCAGCCGCAGAAGAAGGGCGAGCACGUGAACCGUUGUCUGCUGGUUAUCUCUUCCCUCUUGGACACUGGAGAGUGGCAUCAGUAUGACGACAUCAUCUGCAUGAGGCAUCCUGGGAAGCUCCAGAAAGUUAUGAAUACUUUUACUGAUGGCACAAGAAAGGACCUGGUGAAGGGGAAGAAGCAUGCCGCUGCGAUCAUGCUGGACCGGAUCUUCAGUAUCCUCCAGCCCUGGAGUGCCAUCAAUCUGCAGAGCUUUAUGACCCAGUUCAAGCAGUUUUAUUCUGUGGUCCGAGAGCCUAAGAUCCAUGAUGGCCAUGCUAGGCCAUGGUCCAGUUUGCAAUAUGAUGAGAAAGAGGUGAGGACGAACCUAUGGGAGCACGUGAAAAAACAGAUGGUACCCUUCCUGGAAAGGAAGAGCGGGGACUCUCUGCCGAUCGACUGCCCUGUGAGGAGUAGAAUGAAGUUGGGCCUGGCCAUCCUUUUCAUGGUGGAAGCAGUUGACUUUGCUGUCCCUAAAGCUGACCUGGUCUCGCUGUGCUAUCUCCUUAUCCCGAGCACUGGCUCACCAGAAGCUCUUCACAGUGACCUGAGCCCCAUCCUCAGCACACCUCAGAAAUGGCGCAUGUACCUGAUAGACCUGUGCCACAGGUGCAUAACUGAGGGGGUCGACUGCUGGCUGGGCACCUUACCUGCCCUGCACUACUGCAUGCAGGAGUCUCCACCCAGGAAGGCCUCUAAGAGCCAGCCCGAGGACACCUGGGCAGGCCUGGAAGGAAUCUCUUUCGCACAGUUUCGGGACAAAGCAUCCCCUAAGAGCCAGGUUCUCCAGUUUAUGCAGCCUAGGAUGGCCCUGCUGCAGGUGGAUGAGUACCUCUUCCGCUCUUGGUUCAGCUUGGUUCCUUUGGAAAGCUUGACUUCCUACUUGGAAAACUCCACAGAAUACUUGAGUCAUGUGCCUGCUCGCGUCCUGGAUUGUUUUCAAGGAAUUUCAUACCGGCUUCGAGGGCUGGGGAAGAUCUCCAACCAAAACAUGGAGGUUAUCGAGCGCAUCUUUAAAAUGCUGAUUCACCUUGUGGACAUUUAUCAGGACACGAUUCUUGGGGAGACCCAGCUACAGACCUACUUAACCGAGUGUCUGACCAUCUAUGAAACUGUCUGCGACAUCACGGCUGACAGGAAGUUCUACGAGAUUCCUGCCCUGUCUGCUGAGCUUGUCUGUAAAAUGCUUAAGCUUAAACCUCCAGGGGGUACCACAGAGGGGCUGGUUGCUAAAGCUAAUGAAGACUCGGUGACAAGCACUCUCCAGGAGGUCCUGAACACCACAAGAAAAUGGCUGCGUCGCAUGCUCAAAAGCAGCAUGUUCUAUACCAGCCUAUACCAACCAGUCUCUGUCCGGUUCUCCUAUUCUGAGGAGAUGGCGCUAUGGCGCCGGCUGGUGGACAUUGACUUCCCGGAGAAGUGUGGCUGGAAAAGGUCGCUGCUGGGAGACAUGGAAGGAAGGCUCAAGCAGGAGCAGCCCCGUUCGCAGAUCUCUGUCUUCUGCAGCAGUCUGUGGCAUGAUGGUGGACUCCAUGACAGCGUGGCCAGGAGCUUUGAGAAGUGUGUCAUUGAAGCCGUUAGCUCUGCCUGCCAGUCUCAGACCAGUGUCCUCCAAGGACUCUCUUAUCAAGAUUUGCAGAAACUUGGUACUCUCUUGUCCGCUGUGAUAACCAAGUCCUGGCCUGUGCACAAUGGGGAGGCUGUGUUUGACAUGGAUGAGAUCUUCAAAUACCUACUCACGUGGCCAGAUGUGAGGCACCUCUUCGAACUGUGUGGAACCAAUGAGAAAAUCUUAGAAUACAUCACAGGGGAAGGCAAGCAGCUGAUGGCCACGGCUGAGUCUGUGUUCCAAAAGGUUGCCGAGGAACUUGAGAACGGCACCAUUAUGGUUGGGCAGCUGGAGUUGAUCCUUGAGCACAGGAAUCAGUUUGUUGAAAUCUGGAACUUAAAUGGAAUACGGCUGCCACUCCAAAAGGCCUGUGAUUUGAAGGACUUGCUGGACAGGAGAAAGGAUGAUCUGCGGUUCCUCAAGCGAGAGAAGAGAUACGUGGAGAGUCUCCUGAGGCAGUUUGGGAGAGUGAAACACCUUGUGCAAGUGGAGUUUGGAAAUAUUGAAGCAAUACACUCUCAAGACCUCAGCAAUAAGAAACUCAAUGAAGCUGUGAUAAAGCUACCUGGCUCCUCAUCCCCCAAAAGGAAGACACAUUACUUCUUGUGCCCUGAGAUCCGAGAAAUUGCAAGCAAGCUAGACUCCCUAAAAGACAGCCACAUCUUCCAAGUUUUCUGGCAAGAGAUGGCAGAGUCGCUGAGUACUCUGAGUCAGGACCACAGAGAGUUGAAGCUUUUGCUCCCAGACGCCUGUGAAUGCCUGUACUACCCCUGCUACGAGAAAUUCCACAGGCUGUAUGAGAACGUGAAGUCCGGAGAGAUCACCUUUGCUGAAGUUGAUGACAUCUUCAGAGACUUUAUAGAUAAAUAUGAUGAACUGACUGUUGACCUAAAGUCCAUGUGCACCGUGGAUCCCCAGGACCAAAAAGGUUGGAUCUCAGAGCGCGUUGGGCAGAUCAAAGAAUACCAUAGCCUGCACCAGGCCGUCAGCUCUGCCAAGGUCAUCUUUCAGGUCCGAAGCACUUUGGGCGUGACUGGUGACUUCAGUGUUCUUGACACGUUGUUAAACUUCGCAGAUUCCUUUGACAGCUUUCGUCAUGAGAAACUGAAGCAGAUCAGCCCAGAGUUCAUCCAGGCCAAGAAGCUGCUCCAAGACAUCAGUGAGCCCCGCCACCGCUGCCUGGAGGAACUCUCCAGGCAGGUGGAGCUUGUGGACUGGCUGCAUGAGGCCCUGGAAGACAUCAAUGAACUCAAGGUGUUUGUGGACCUGGCCUCCAUCUCGGCGGGGGAGAACGACAUCGACGUGGACCGGGUGGCCUGUUUCCAUGAUGCCGUGCAGGGCUAUGCUUCCCUGCUGUACAAGAUGGACUCAGAUGCAGAUUUCCAUGAGUUCAUGUAUCAUCUGCAGGAACUCUGGAGGGCCCUGGACAAUGACCAGCACCUGCCCAGUAAGCUGCAAGAUUCUGCCCGAAAUUUGGAGUGGCUGAAGACAGUGAAGGAAAGCCAUGGAUCUGUGGAGCUCUCGUCUCUGUCCCUGGCCACAGCUAUCAACAACAGAGGCAUCUAUGUUAUUGAGGCACCCAAAGGUGGUCAGAAGAUUUCCCCAGACACCGUCCUACACCUUCUUCUCCCUGACGACCAUGGUGCCCGAGAGGGGCUCCGCACCUACUCCACAGAGGAGCUGAAGGAGCUUUUAAAUAAGCUUAUGCUAAUGUCUGGCAAGAAAGACCACAGCAGCAAUGUGGAAGUGGAGAAGUUUUCUGAGGUCUUCAGCAGCAUGCAGCGGCUUGUGCAUGCCUUUAUAAACCUGCACUGUGCAGGCAACAUGCUCUUCAGGACUUGGACUGCUGAGGUCUACUGUUGCCCCAGGCAGGGCAUCUCCAUCCGCAUGGACUUUGGCUUGGAGCUGGUGAACCAGUUGAAAGAGAGUGGUGAUAUCAUCGAGCUCCUGGGAGCCCUCUGCAGGCAGAUGGAGGACUUCCUAGACAACUGGAAAGCAGUAGUCACUCAGAAGAGAGCCAAACACUUUUACCUCAACUUCUACACAGCUGAGCAGCUGGUCUACCUGAGCAGUGAGCUCGGGAAAUGCAUACCCAGCGAAGCUGCCCUCAUGAUGCUGUCCUUCAUCAAAAACAACUGCACUGUACGUGACAUCUUAGAAGCCACCGGGUCCUGUGAAAGCAGUGCUGCCAGACACUGCCUGAGGGAGGUUGUGAAAAAUCUGCCUCUGCAGCUACUUUCUGAGUCCAGCUUAGUGGGCAAGCUUCAGGUUCUCAUGGACCAAUCCAUAGUGUGCAUGAGUGCCUUCCUGCCCGACUGCCUGGACCUGGAUGCCCUGGGCAGCUGCCUGGCCCAGCUGGCCACACUGGGGGACUGUCCUGUGAAGCGGCCACUCCCCAAAGGCCUGCAGGUUGGCCAGCCUAACCUGGUGUUGUGCGGUCACUCUGAGGUGUUGCUGGCCGCACUGGCCAUCUAUAUGCAGGCCCCCAGGCAGCCUCUGCCAACCUUCGAUGAGGUAUUGCUCUGCACCCCGGGGACCACAGUGGAGGAGGUGGAACUGCUCCUGAGACGCUGCCUCACACUGGGCUCCCAGGAAGACAAGGUCUACAGCUUGCUGUUCGCAGACCAGCUGAGUUAUGAAGUGGGCUGCCGGGCAGAGGAGCUUUUCCGGGACCUGUGCACACAGUGCCACCGUGAAGACUACCAGUUGGUGAUAGUCUGUGAUGCUGCCCGGGAGCACUGCUACCUCCCCUCCACCUUCAGCCAGCACAAAGUCCCCCUGGUUCCCCAGGCCCCACUGCCGGACAUCCAGGCCUACCUGCAGAACCAUUAUCAGGUCCCAGAGCAGACCCCGUCAGCAGCGACUGUAUUCAGAGACAGGAUGUGUGUUGGGAUCGUGACCUCUGAAAGAGCUGGUGUUGGAAAGUCACUCUAUGUGAACAGAUUGCACAAAAUCCUGAAAAUAAAGCUAGAGGAUGAAAAGGUGCCUUUAAAAAUUAUUAGAUUGACAGACCCUCAUGUAGAUGAGAACCAAGUCCUGAGCUCCCUCCUGCCAUUCUUGAAGAGGAACUAUCAGAAGACGCCUAUGAUAUUCCACAUUGAUGUGAGCACUUCAGUUCGGACUGGGAUUCCUGUCUUCCUUUUCAAACUCCUCGUUUUGCAGUACCUAAUGGAUAUAAAUGGGAAAAUGUGGCUUCGGAACCCGUGCCAUUUAUAUGUUGUUGAAAUCUCACAAGAGCCCUCAGUCCAGCCAAAGAGGUCUUCUAAACUGAAUGCACGUGCACCUCCAUUCAAGUUUCUUGAUAUCUUCCCCAAAGUUACCUGUCGUCCUCCCAAGGAAGUGAUAGACAUGGAGCUGACUCCCAAGGGGAGCCACAGAGAACCUGGGAUGGACCCAAUGGAGUUCAGCAGUGAAGCUUUCCAAAGACCUUACCAGUAUUUAAAACGGUUCCACCAAAACCAGAACCUGGACACAUUUCGGUACAAAGAAGACUCUGUGGAAGGCUCACCUGAGGAGUGCCUGCAGCACUUCCUGAUUUACUGUGGAGUGGUAAACCCUUCCUGGGCUGAGCUUCGGAACUUCGCUUGCUUUCUGAACUGUCAGCUCAAGGACUGUGAGGCUUCUGUCUUCUGCAACUCGGCUUUUACUGGAGAUACACUCAGGGGCUUCAAGAACUUUGUGGUAACCUUCAUGAUCUUAAUGGCGAGAGAUUUUGCCACUCCAAGUCUUCACACUUCAGACCAAAGCCCAGGUAAGCACCUGGUCACCCUGGACGGAAUUGCUGAAGAAGACCUAGCUCCCUUCUCUCUUCGAAAGAGAUGGGAGUCAGAGCCCCAUCCAUAUGUUUUCUUCAAUGGUGACCGCAUGACCAUGACAUUCAUAGGUUUUCACUUGCAGCCCAACAACAAUGGCUAUGUUGAUGCCAUCAAUCCCUCGAAUGGGAAAGUCAUCAAGAAGAAUGUCAUGACAGAGGAACUGUUUCUAGGGCUGAAACUUCAGAGAGUACCCUUCAAUAUCAACUUUGAUCACUUGCCCAGACAUGAGAAGAUUGAAAGACUCUGCCUGGCUCUAGGGAUUGAGUGGCCCAUUGACCCUGAUGAAACGUACGAACUUACAACGGACAAUAUGCUUAAGAUCCUGGCCAUUGAGAUGCGGUUUCGGUGUGGGAUCCCAGUUAUCAUCAUGGGAGAGACAGGCUGCGGGAAAACCAGGCUCAUCAAAUUCCUUAGUGACCUCAAGCGUGGUAGUGUUGAGGCAGAAACUAUGAAGUUGGUGAAGGUCCAUGGAGGAACAACUCCAUCCAUGAUCUACUCCAGAGUCAAGGUUGCUGAGCGCACAGCCUUCUCCAAUAAGGUCCAACACAAGUUGGAUACCAUCUUGUUCUUUGACGAAGCCAACACAACAGAAGCCGUAAGCUGUAUCAAAGAGGUCCUGUGUGAUAGAACAGUGGGUGGUGAGUGCCUAAAGGAGGAUUCCGGCCUGCAUAUCAUUGCUGCUUGCAACCCUUACCGGAAGCACUCCCAGGAGAUGAUCCUCCGCCUGGAGUCUGCAGGUUUGGGAUAUAGGGUGAGUGCAGAGGAGACAGCAGACAGGCUGGGUUCCAUCCCGCUGCGGCAGCUGGUGUAUCGAGUCCACGCUCUGCCUCCAAGCCUCAUUCCUUUGGUGUGGGACUUUGGACAGCUGAAUGACUCUGCUGAAGAGCUCUACAUCCAGCAGAUCGUGCAGAGACUGGUGGACUCUAUCACGGUAGAUGAAUCUGAUGCUUGUGUGAUUGCACGUGUGCUCUCUGCCUCUCAGAGGUUCAUGAGGAAGAGGGAGAAUGAAUGUGGCUUCGUCAGCCUCCGGGAUGUGGAGCGCUGUGUGAAAGUUUUCAGAUGGUUUCACGACCACAGUGAGAUGCUCUUGAACAAGCUGGAUGACUUUCUCCACGAAUCCAGUGACGGCAAACAUACUUUUGAGAGAAAGCCUGUUCUCUGGUCCCUGGUAAUGGCCACUGGGGUGUGUUACCAUGCCUCUUUAGAAGAGAAAGCACCCUACCGGAGAGCCAUUGGCAAGUGCUUUCCAGAACCAUACAAUGACAGCAAGGUCAUUCUUGAUGAGAUCACUCACGCACAGGAUUUUUUUCUGAGGGGGGCACCCAUACGGACAAACAUAGCCCGGAACUUGGCUUUGAAGGAGAAUGUCUUCAUGAUGGUGAUCUGCAUUGAGCUUAAGAUCCCCCUUUUCCUGGUAGGGAAGCCCGGCAGCUCCAAAUCCCUUGCCAAGAUCAUUGUAGCAGAUGCCAUGCAAGGGCAGUCAGCCUUCUGUGACCUCUUCCGCUGCCUGAAGCAGGUCCACCUGGUGUCGUUCCAGUGCAGCCCCCACUCCACCCCCCAAGGCAUCAUCGGCACCUUCAAGCAGUGUGCUCGAUUCCAGCAGGGCAAGGACCUGCAGCAGUAUGUCUCUGUGGUGGUGCUGGACGAGGUUGGGCUGGCAGAAGAUUCACCCAAAAUGCCCCUAAAGACUCUGCACCCCCUGCUGGAAGAUGGGUGCAUUGAAGACGAUCCUGCCCCAUACAAAAAAGUUGGCUUUGUUGGCAUUUCCAACUGGGCUCUGGAUCCUGCCAAGAUGAACCGGGGCAUUUUUGUGUCACGUGGCAGCCCCAACGAGAAGGAGCUCAUAGAGAGCGCCGAGGGGAUCUGCUCUUCGGACAGGCUGGUUCAGGACCGAAUCCGAGGGUAUUUUGCACCCUUUGCCAAGGCCUAUGAAACAGUGUGUCAGACCCAGGACAAGGAGUUCUUUGGGCUUCGAGACUAUUACAGCCUGAUCAAGAUGGUCUUUGCCAAAGCCAAAGCUUCAAAUCAGGGGCUUUCCCCACGAGACAUCGCUCACUCUGUGCUUCGGAACUUCAGUGGGAAAGACAACAUCCAGGCCCUGGACAUCUUUACAGCCAGUCUUCCCGAGGCCAGGUACAGGGAAGAAGUCAGCACCGUGGAACUGAUCAAGCAGAACAUUUACAGUGGUCUGCAGGCAUCCAGCAGGGGGCUGGACAGCACCGAGUCCCGGUACUUGCUCGUGCUGACCAGGAACUAUGUGGCCCUGCAGAUCCUACAGCAGACGUUGUUUAGUGAGGGUCAGCAACCUGAGAUCAUUUUCGGCUCCAGCUUUCCCCAGGACCAGGAAUACACCCAGAUCUGCAGGAACAUCAACCGGGUGAAGAUCUGCAUGGAGACAGGGAAGAUGGUGGUGCUGCUGAACCUGCAGAACCUGUAUGAGAGCCUGUAUGAUGCUCUGAACCAGUACUACGUCUACCUUGGGGGCCAGAAGUAUGUGGACCUUGGACUAGGUACCCAUCGAGUCAAAUGCCGAGUCCACACCGACUUCCGACUCAUCGUCAUUGAAGAGAAAGAUGUGGUGUACAAACAGUUCCCUGUGCCCCUCAUCAACCGGCUGGAGAAGCACUACCUGGACAUCAACACCGUACUGGAGGAGUGGCAGAAGGGCAUUGUGCGUGAGCUGCAACAGUGGGCGUGUGAAUUUGCAGAUGUGAAAGCUGACCAGUUCAUUGCCAGACACAAGUACAGUCCUGCAGACGUCUUCGUCGGCUACCACUCUGAUGCCUGUGCCUCUGUGGUGCUGCAGGCUGUGGAGAGGCAGGGCCCCAGGGACCUGACGGAGGAGCUGUACCACAAGGUGUCUGAAGAGGCCAAGUUCAUCCUGCUGGAUUGUGCAACACCAGACGCUGUGGUCCGUCUGAGUGGAUCCUCACUGGGCUCGUUCACCGCGAGGCAACUGACACAGGAGUAUUACUACAACCAGCAGCACAACUCCUUUGCAGACUUCCUCCAGGCCCACCUGCGCAUGGCCCAUCUGGAGUGCCAGGCUGUCUUCACAGAGAUCACCACCUUCUCCAGACUGCUGACCAGUACAGACUGUGAAGUCUUGGAAUCUGAGCUGAAGGGACUGGCCUCGAAGCCUAUGCUCCUGUCUCUGCAGCAGUUUGACACUGAAUAUUCCUUCCUUAAGGAAGUCCGCUCUUGCUUGAUGAACCCAGCCAGACGUAAAAUCCUAGUCAUCCAGACAGACUUUGACGAUGGUGUCCACAGCGCCCAGCUGGUAGCCUCUGCCAAGUAUUCUGCCAUCAAUGAAAUCAACAAAACACAAGGAACAAAGGACUUUGUCUUCGUUUAUUUCAUUACGAAACUUUCCCGAAUGGGAAGUGGCACAUCAUAUGUGGGGUUCCAUGGAGGGCUGUGGCGGUCUGUACAUAUUGAUGACCUUCGCAGAUCCACAAUCAUGGCCUCAGAUGUCACUAAACUGCAGAAUGUCACCAUGAGCCAGCUGUUCAAGGCAGUGAACAAACCUGAGUAUGACCCAGAGGAGGAGAUGGAGACAGAGACCAGCAAGUCAGAGGAAAUGGCAGAGGAAAAAAUGGAAGUGGAAGGUCCAGAGGAGAUGGAGAAGGUGUCUGACCCAGGACGCUGUGACGUCCUGGACACCACCAGACUGCUGCGGAGCUGUGUGCAGAGUGCUGUGGGGAUGCUCAGAGACCAGAAUGAGAGUUGUGCACGUAACAUGAGGAGAGUCACCAUUCUUCUUGGCCUCUUAAAUGAAGACAACACACGCAAUGCCUCCUUUUUGCGGGAAUUGAAGAUGCGCCUCCAUGUUCUUCUGAAGAAGCAAGAAGAGAACCAGGUCCAAAGUAUAAAGGAAUGGGUCACCAGGGAGGCUGCUAAUCAGGAUGCCCUGCAGGAGGCAGGCACCUUCAGGCAUACCCUUUGGAAGCGGGUCCAAGGUGCAGUCACCCCCCUCCUGGCGAGCGUGAUAUCUCACAUCGACAGAGACGGCAACCUGGAGCUACUGGCCCAGCCGGAUUCACCAGCCUGGGUCCAAGCUCUUUGGAUGUUUAUUUUCAGUGACAUUAAGUUCCUGAACAUCCCUCUUGUGGUGAAUAACACAAGGUCCGAGAAUGAGAUGCCCUCCAUCCUGGUACAGAGCCACAUGAACCUGCUCAAGGAUGCAUGCAAUGCUGUCCCUUUCAGCUGGAGGAUCAGGGACUACCUGGAGGAGCUCUGGGUGCAAGCUCAGUAUAUCACAGACACAGAGGGGUUAUCAAAGAAGUUCAUGGAAAUCUUCCAGAAGACUCCCUUGGGCGUGUUUCUCGGUCAGCUCCCUGUGGCACAGCAGGAGGAUCUCUUGCAGAGCUACUUGAAGGACUUCCUGCUUUUGAACAUGAAAGUGACUUCGUGGGAGGAGUUAAAGUUUCUGCAGAUGGCCCUGUGGUCCUGCCUCAGUGAGCUCCGAGUGACUUCAGGAAUGCCUGAGGAAGGGCUCUCCUUGCCCUGGGUGCACCUUGCCUAUCAACACUUCAGGACCCGGCUGCAGAACUUCUCCAGAAUUUUGACUAUCCACCCCCAGGUUCUGAAGAGCCUCGGGGAAGCAGCACAGACGCACAGCUUGCCUGGCUGUGAAAUGAUACUAGAUGCGUUUGCAGCAAUGGCCUGUGUUGAAGUGCUCAAGGGAGACAUCCUGAAGCCGAACCCCAAGGCCUGGCUACAGAUGGUGAAGAAUCUGUCUGUACCACUGGAACUUGUCUGUUCCAGCGAGGACUGUGGGAACAUAACCAGAGCUGUCAUCCAGGAAGUCAGAGCCUUGUGGAAUCGCAUUUUCUCCAUCUCACUCUUUGUGGAGCAUGUCCUCCUGGGGAUUGAAAGCCAGAUUCCUGAGCUGAGUCAGCUGGUAACCAAGUAUGUCUUCUUACUAGACAAGUGUCUUGAAGAGAACUCGGACCUGAAGACCCACAGGCCAUUUGUGGCUGUAAUGACUAUCCUUUGUGAGUGCAAGGACAAAGUCAGCAGGACAUUCAGCAGGUUUGGUAUUCAGCCAUGUCACAUCUGCCUGGGAGAUGCACAGGAACCUGUCUGUCUGCCUUGUGAUCAUGUAUACUGUCUACAAUGCAUCAAAACCUGGCUUUCCCCGGGGCAAAUGAUGUGCCCCUACUGCUUAACUGACUUGCCAGACAAAUUCUCAACAACUGUUUCCCAGGAACACGGGAAAGCCAUUGAGAAGCAUGCCCAGUUCCGGCACAUGUGUAACAGCUUCUUCGUGGACCUGGUUUCUACCAUGUGCUUCAAAGAUGACACCCCUCCUCAGAAGAGUGUGAUUGACACCCUGCUGUCCUUACUCUUCAUACAAAAGGAACUGCUGAGAGAUGCUUCCCAAAAGCACCGUGAACACACAAAGUCUCUGUCUCCAUUUGGUGAUGUUGUCGACAAGACUCCUGUCACCCGCUCUGUGGUACUAAAACUGCUUCUCAAGUACAGCUUCCAUGAAGUAAAGGAUUACAUCCAGAACUACUUGACCCAGUUAGAGAACAAAGCAUUCCCAACAGAAGAUAAAACAGAAUUGUACCUGCUCUUUAUCAACUGCCUAGAGGAUUCAGUACAUGAGAAGACAAGUGCUGUCUGUAGAAGUAACAAGCAGGGCCUGAGAGAGGAAGGCCAUUUCCUUAGGACAUACGCACCAGGAAGGCGGCGAGGCCACGAGCCUGCCCGCACAACUUCGGUGGAGUACCUGCAGGAGGUGGCCAGAGUCCGCCUCUGCCUUGACUUGGCUGCUGACUUCCUCUCUGAGCUUCAGGAAGGAGCAGAACUGGCUCAAGAGAAGCAGUGCUUCCUGAAGCAUGUUGAGCAGUUCUGCACCCGCGUCAAGAAUGAUUGGCACCGUGUGUACCUGGUGAGGAAACUCUCAAGCCAGCGUGGGAUGGAAUUCGUGCAGAGCUUCUCCAGGCAGGGCCAUCCAUGCCAGUGGGUGUUUCCCAGGGACGUCAUUGCACAGCAGAAGGACAACCCAAGCCAGAUGGACCGAUACCUAGUGCAUGGUGAUGAAUACAAGGCUCUUCGUGAUGCAGUGGGCAAAGCUAUGCUCGAGUGCAAGACCUUGGACGUUGGGACUGCUCUGAUGACCUGCAGAAGCCCCAAAGCCCAGCAGACGGCCUACUUACUGCUGGCCUUGUACAGAGAGGUGGCCUCUUUGUACUGUUCCCGCAAUGCCAGUCUCCAUCCAAAACCAGAGCAACGCGAGGCUAUGAACAAAUUCAUUGAGGAAAGCAAGAUCCUUUCUGCUCCUAACAUUGGACGCUUUGCAAAAUCACUAGUGGAUGAUGCUCUGCCCCUGCUGAGGACCAGGUCUGCUAACAGCAGCCUAGAAGGAACAGUGACUGAAAUGGCCGUCCAUGCUGCAACUGUAUUCCUGUGUGGAAAAAACAAAGUCUUGGAGCCCCUGAGGAACUUGGCCUUCUAUCCGGCCAACAUGGCAAGUGCUUUUCUUCCAACAAUGCCUGAAGACCUGCUGGUUCAAGCCAGGAGUUGGAGUGGCCUGGAACAUCUCGUCUGGUACAAUUGUCCCAAUGGCCAUCCGUGCACUGUAGGAGAGUGCGGCAAGCCAAUGGAGCAGAGCUUCUGUCCGGACUGUCAUGCUCAGAUUGGAGGCAUCAAUCACAGGCCAAAUGAAGGCUUCCAUCCCAUAAGAGCAAAUGAGGACAGAACACAGACUGGCCAUGUGUUGGGCGGCCCGCAGCCCGGCGAUGCAGCUGUGGCACCUGAUCGAGGGCUGUCCCCAGUGGUCUUCAUUCUCACUCGGCUACUCACUCAUUUGGCUAUGCUUGUGGGGGCCACUCAGAAUCCCCAGGCCUUGAUCAGGAUCAUUAAGCCUCAGGUCCCAGACCCACAAGCCUUCUUGCAGCAGCACAUCCAGAGAAACCUGGAACAGCUAACCAAGAUGCUGGGCAAGAGUGCAGACGAGACCAUCCACGUGGUACACCUCACCCUGUGCAGUUUGCUCAAGGAGCAGCACCCGGUGUUUGGCCAGAGGAAGUUAAAUUUUAGUGCAGAAUUGUCAAGCAAAGCUUGCAGAAACAACUGGGAGAAGCAUUUUGAAGCUCUUCUUCUACCUGAAUUGGAGCAUCUUGACAAAACCUUGGCAGCUGUAAAUGCUCUUAUCAGCCAAGAUGAGCGCAUCAGUUCCAACCCCGUGACCAAAAUCAUAUAUGGGGACCCAGCAACCUUCCUGCCUCACUUGCCCCAAGAAAGUGUGGUUCAUUGCUCGAAGAUUUGGAGCUGCAGGAAGAAGAUCACAGUGGAGUACCUGCAGCAUAUUGUGGAACAGAAAAAUGGCAAAGAAACCGUGCCUGUUCUCUGGCACUUCCUCCAGAAGGAAGCAGAACUAAGGCUGGUGAAAUUCUUGCCUGAGAUCUUGGCCCUGCAAAGAGAUCUAGUGAAACGAUUCCAGAAUGUUUCAGAAACGGAGUACAGUUCCAUCAGAGGUUUUAUUGGAAGUCACCCACCAGAUGGGCUGAUAAAGCAGUUCCAGGAUCGGAUCACUGUCUUUCUGUCCACAUGGAACGCGCUGAGGCGGUCACUGGAGACCAAUGGUGAGAUCAAGCUACCAGAAGACUUCUGCCGCUCCGAGUUGGAUCUGGAUGCUGAAUUUGAGGUCAUCCUUCCACGCCGACGGGGCCUGGGCCUCUGUGCAACUGCCUUAGUCAGCUACUUAAUUAGCCUGCACAACCACAUGGUCUACAUGGUGCAGAAGUUCUCUGAGGAAAACAACAGCUAUUCUGUAGAUACCUCUGAGGUUACUGACCUGCAUGUCAUCAGCUAUGAGGUGGAACGGGACCUGAUUCCACUGAUUCUCUCCAACUGCCAGUACCAAGUGCAUCAGGGUGGAGAAACCUCACAAGAGUUUGACCUAGAGAAAAUCCAGCGGCAGAUCAGCAGCCGCUUCCUCCAGGGCAAGCCCAGGCUGACCCUCAAGGGCAUACCCACCCUGGUGUACAGACGUGACUGGGACUAUGAGCAUCUCUUCUUGAACAUCAAGAACAAAAUGGCACAGAACCCACUCACCAACUCAGCCAUCAGUGCCAUCAGUGGACAGCUACAGUCCUACAGCGAUGCCUGUGAAGCUCUGUCUAUGACAGAAGUCACCCUGCGUUUCCUGAGCACAGCUGGCGGGGAUCCUGGCAUGGACCUGAAUGUGUACAUUCAAGAUGUCCUACAGAUGGGUGAUCAGACAGCUCUGAUUUCAAAGGCCUUAGACAGAUGUCAGCUCAGACAUGUCAUUGCCCUCUGGCAGUUCCUAUCUGCACAUAAGUCAGAACAGCGGCUGCGGCUGAAGAAAGAGCUGUUUCGGGAAAUUGAUGUGAAGUACAAAGAGGACCUCAGUCCGCAGCACGCCAGGCUCCUCCGCACAUUUCUGAAUGAGGCAGGCCUGGACGCCUUCCUCCUGGAGCUCCAUGAGAUGAUUGUGCUGAAACUCAGAGGCCCCCAGGCUGAAAGCAGCUUCAACCCCAAAUGGAGCCUCAAGGACACUCUAGUAAGUUACAUGGAGACUAAAGAGAGUGAUGUCCUUCCAGAAGUGGAAUCCCAGUUCCCAGAAGAGAUCCUCAUGUCCAGCUGCAUCUCAGUGUGGAAAGCUGCUGCCACACGAAAACAGGACCGGCAAGCGAGGUAGAGCAUCUCAGCCUUCAAACAUGGCUGGAAAGAAGGUCUUCCCUCCUCCAUUGACAGGUCCCAACACAGGCUGUGGCCUUUGUGAAGGAAAGUGUGGACACCGCACUGGAUUCAAAGCUUAGACACACCACACAAGCUGAUGGCUUUUUGAGAGCCAAGCUAUUUUUGGAACAUGCGCCUGUUCCAAAACUUCCUCGUGUAUGGCUAUAGAAAAUUGGUAAUCAACUGCCUCUUGUACAUUCCAGAAGAAACAAAGAGAAUCACAGUCAGCUCAUGACCAACACUGAUCCUCUUAAGGCCGCCAGCCUCUUACCUCAUGUUUCAUGGCCACUUGACUGCAUAGAGAGAGAACACGGGGGUGGUGCGUUUUUUUCUAUUCUACUAUCUAUGUAGAAUAGAAAGAAUACAUGUAUUUGUUCUUCCAGUCCCUUAAGUUUUGAGUACUGCACACACAUUUCUUGGUUUCCAAGCUGUAUGAAAACUGCCACACUAACCCAUGGAAACCCAAGGUGUUUGUAUAAGCUGUAAGGCCACAUGAACAAGAGCUAAUGUCGACCCCACCAUAAGUCACUGCCAAAUUACAAGGGAAUAAAGCCAAACACUCAGUGAGAACACUGGACUGGGAGCAUAGAACAAUGAAUAAAAAGAAAGGUAUUUGGGGAAUGCUGUAGAGAGUUACUGUGUAGUUGUCCAAUGAGCAUUCAAAGUGGUCUUUGCGUCCCUGAGUACACAUAUCUGGCCCUUUCUUGAGUCUCAGCCAAGGCUGAGUACCAAGCAGUUUGAGAGAAGGCUGGAAACGAGCCCACCUGUAUUGUUCUGCCUUUCUCGCUGAAGGUGUUGCCUCUUUGUGUUACAAUCCACUCUGGAUCCCCUGAUCCCUCUGGACUAAUCCUCUUCCUGGCACUCACCACCAUUUGUAGUAAGAACAGCCAGUGUUUACAAGCUGGAAGUCAUUUCCUUCACAGAGACAGUAAACUGGACUUUGAGCUGCAGAAAUACAGACUGGUAAUCAGGAGCACAUCUAUGGUCACAGCACCAACAGGAGAUGGAUUAUGCUCUGUUCUGAAUUCUCCUCAGAGCCUGAUGCAGGGACCAGACCCUGCAGUAACUCACGUCAGACUGUAUUCCCAGUGACAGUGAUCAUCUUACUCCAAACCAUGAAGAGCACCUGUCCCAGAUGUCUGCAUCCCAGGUUCCCUGCAGAAUGGAUGUUUCGGGGUGCAAGGCUACUGAUUUUCCCAACUUGGCCUUGAAACUCCUGUGAUACCUCAGAUUGGGGUUUAACUCGCCCUAGCCAUCAGAGGGCAGCUGAGCCCUCUGUUUCUUGCUGUGAAGGCCUUUUUUGGCUUUGACCUAGGCAUUUUUUUUUCUGUCAUGAAGAAUUUUAAUUAAGAUGUUUCAUUUUGUAUGCUAU